GGCUGGCUGGGGAGCGCGGCCCGGGACUCUCCGGGGACUGCGGGGCGCAGAGAGACAUGGCACUGCCCACGCUGCCCUCCUCCUGGUGCAGCCGGAGACUCCUGGACCAGCAGGUAGCGCGGCAGCGGCACCGAGAGCAGGAGGCCCGGCUGCGGCAGCAGUGGGAUGAGAACAGCCGCUACUUCCGGGUCUCCAACGCCUGCAGCUCCAAACAGGCGGAGUGGAGCUCCCAGGCCUCCUACCAGCGGAGCAUGCACGCCUAUCAGCGCGAGAAGAUGAAGGAGGAGAAGAGGAGGCAGCUGGUGGCCAGGCGGGAGAGACUCCAGCAGCUUCUGCUAGAGGAGCAGGACCUGCUGGCCAGAGAACUGGAGGAGCUGAGGCUGAGCAUGAACUUGAGGGAGAAGAGAAUUCGGGAGCAGCACCGGACUCUCAAGUCAGCCCGGGAAGAGCAAAGGAAACUGAUUGCCGAGCAGCUUCUGUACGAACACUGGAAAAAGAAUGACCCCAGACUUCGCGAGAUGGAGUCGGACCUUCACAAGAAGCACGUGGUCACCUCCUGGGAGACACAGAAAGAAGAAAGAAAGCAGCAAGAAGCCAUGGAGGAGGAAGAGAACAAACGGUAUGAAAAUGAAUAUGAAACGGCCCGCAGGGAAGCGCUGGGACGGAUGAAAGCAGAGGAGGAGAGGAGGCAGUUGGAGGAUAAACUCCAGGCGGAGGCGCUGCUGCAGCAGGUGGAGGAGCUGAAGGUGCAGGAGCUGGAGGCCACCAAACUGAAGAAGGAACGGGAGAAUCUGUUGAAGCAGCGGUGGGAGCUGGAGAGGCUGGCGGGAGAGAGGGAGCGGAUGGCAGCCCUCCGGCAGAAGGCGGAGCUGGGACGGUUUUUGAGACAUCAGUACAACGUGCAGCUCAACAGACGCGCACAGCAGAUCCAAGAGGAACUGGAGGCGGACAAGCGCAUCCUGCAGGCGCUCCUGGAGAAGGAGGAGGAGACCCAGCGGGAGCACUCGGCACGGCGGGAGCAGGCCCGGGCGGACGUGGCGUGGAUGCAGCAGGUCCUGGAGCAGCAGCUGCAGCGGGAGCGGGAGCAGGAGGCAGAGCUGCAGGAGCUGCUGAGGGAGGAAGCCAAGGAGAUGUGGGAAAAGAGAGAGGCCGAGUGGGCCCGAGAGAGGAGCGCACGGGACAGGCUGAUGGCCGAGGUCCUGACAGGGAGACAGCAACAAAUACAAGAAAAGAUUGAACAAAACCGACGGGCGCAAGAGGAAUCCCUAAGACACAGGGAACAACUCAUUCAAAACCUUGAGGAGGCAAGAGAGUCAGCUCGUCGAGAGAAGGAGGAGAGUGAAGAACUGAAAUCAGCCAGGAAGCAGGAGCUGGAAGCCCAGGUGGCAGAGCGCCAGCUGCAGGCCCGGGCGGCGGACCAGCAGGAGGCGGAGGAAGAGGAGGCGGCCAGGCAGGCAGAGCAGCUCACCAGUGCCCUGCGGCAGCAGGAGGCAAAGAUGAUGGCCGAGCAGGGAUACCGGCCCAAGCCUUACGGACAUCCCAGAAUUGCCUGGAACUGACGUCCUUGGCGCUGGAGCAGAGCUGAGGUGCGAGGCCUUUGACAUGCAGCCAGCAGCCAGUGUGACAGCGUCCUGGUCUGGUGUCGGGGUCACCGGCAGGAGCUCAGCGAGCUCUUCAGGUCCAGGUUAAGUGGGUCAAGGGCUGGACAGACUAACACCCGGUAGGAGGCCUCCCCUGCCUUUCCUAGUGGAGAAAGGCUCAGGAUCACCCACUGCCAGCGCCGUCACAGCUGUCUGCUCGUAAGUGAUGUGAGGCUCAAGUCCAGCGAGGAGUUACAAGUGGUGUCCACGGCAGGACCCAGCGUCUCCUGCUGUCUCGCCCUCAAUCGUCAGCCUCCAGUGACGCCUCCAGCCAGAGAGAUGAGGGAAGGUUCUUAAUUUUUAAAAUUGCAAUUUAAAUGUAUUCUAUUGAAGACAAGCGUGUGGGGUUUAUUAAUUUCGUGGUCCCCAAAGGAUCACAUCUUGUUUUCUGAAGAGAAGAGCUGUGAACCCUGAGACAGUCUGAUGUGGUCCGGGGAUGCUUUCCGGAACGGGGCGAGGAAUGAGUCUUUCGGCAGCGUUUCGGUGGAAUUUCCAGUGAGCACUGUGUGGUGGGAGGGGCGUGACCUGUUGCUGAGCUGAUGGCUGACCUUUGGAAAUGACACUGUGGACCUUGGGUGUCAGGAAGGUCUCCGCUGCGUACAGCCCCCUGGGGUUUGUGCCAGAGGAGGGAGGGGCACUGACUGAGGAAAUGAGGUCAGGCUCAGCCACAGAUUUCUCUUCCCACUGUUACAUCAGUGAGACAGAGCUCUGUGAGUCUCUACACUUAGCUGCAAGGAGUUCCUUGCAGCACGUUUGUUGUUUUUU